UUGAGCCGGAAGUUGCUGCUGGCGGAGAGGGCCGCCGGCUGCUUGAUUAACAGGCUGGUAGUGCUGCCGCUUGGCCCAGAGUCGGGGGCCGCCGUAGUCCUUGCUUUUCCACCCCCUCAAGCCGGCCUCGGCUCCGCUCUCGGACCAUCCGUCGCCCAAGAUGUUGCCUUUGUCCAUCAAGGACGAUGAAUACAAGCCGCCCAAGCUCAACCUGCUCCGCAAGGUCUCGGGGUGGUUCAGAUCCAUCCUAUCGGACAAGACGUCGCGGAACCUUUUCUUUUUCCUUUGUCUCAACCUCUCGUUCGCCUUCGUGGAGCUGCUGUACGGCAUCUGGAGCAACAGUUUAGGUCUAAUAUCGGAUUCCUUUCACAUGUUUUUUGACUGUACUGCUCUGUUGGCUGGUCUGGCAGCUUCAGUCAUUUCAAAGUGGAGAUCAAAUGAUGCUUUCUCUUACGGAUAUGUUCGAGCAGAAGUACUAGCUGGUUUUGUAAAUGGUCUGUUUCUAAUCUUCACAGCUUUCUUCAUUUUCUCUGAAGGUGUUGAGAGAGCACUUGAGCCUCCUGAUGUUCAUCACGAAAGGCUUCUUCCUGUUUCCAUACUUGGUUUCCUUGUAAACCUUAUAGGAAUUUUUGUGUUUCAACAUGGUGGACAUGGCCACUCCCAUGGUUCUGGACAUGAGCAUAGCCAUUCCCUCUUUAAUGGGGCUCUAAGCCACAGUCACGGAGGGCAUGGCCACAGUCAUGAUUCCAAACAUGAUGACGGACAUGGCCAUUCUCAUGAUCAUGGCCACGGGCACUCACAGAAUCAGAAUUACUGUCGUGAUGACCACCCCAUUGAAAUGGCGGCAGGAUCCAGCAAACAGAUUUUAGAAGGUGUAUUUUUACACAUUGUUGCUGACACACUUGGAAGUGUUGGUGUAAUCAUAUCUGCAAUACUCAUGCAGAACUAUGGUUUAAUGAUAGCUGACCCUAUCUGUUCAAUGCUGAUAGCCCUGCUUAUAGGGGUAAGCGUUGUUCCACUUUUAAGAGAAUCCAUUGGGAUUUUGAUGCAACGAACUCCUCCUUCUCUGGAAAGUGCUCUGCCUCAGUGCUAUCAAAGGGUUCAGCAGCUGCAAGGAGUUUACAAUUUACAUGAUCCUCACUUCUGGACCCUUUGUACUGAUGUUUACAUAGGGACUUUGAAACUAUUUGUAGCUCCAGAUGCAGAUGCGAAAUGGAUUCUCAGCCAAACACACAACAUUUUUACUCAGGCUGGAGUGAGACAGCUAUAUGUACAGAUUGACUUUGCCGCUAUGUAGCAAACAUCUCAAUGAAAUAUUUGGACCAAAGCUUUCUGGUACUGUCAUGAUUUAAGACAUUGUACUUCCUUUGGAACAGAGACCCUCUCCUCUACAGUUAUCCAGAACUGCAAAGACUCUGGCUGUCUUUUGGCUACUUAUGGAGAGAAAAUUACAAGGGCAUGGUCCUGGACUAUUUGGGGCUGACCUUCAUGAGCUCCAAACUUCUGUGGAUUAUUUGCUGAGUUUGUUCCAGCAGCAAACUUAAUAAUGUGGUAUUGCAAUCAUUGGUUAUGCUUUUUGUGAAGCUGCUGAAGCUACUGCUCAUUCCCACAAAGCCAGUGUUACUGAGGGGAGGGUGGCUAAAAAGGAAAUUUUAUUUUGUUCAUAAUGUCACAUGGUUGACAUUCUGCAAUAUAAGUGUAUGUAAGACUGUUUGUACUUUUGCAAACUUAAUGAACCAAACCAUAUUGGGUUUUCAGAGUGCCUUUCUAUCAAAGUAUCUGCCAGCACAGACAUGGAACAUCGGGGAUUUUUAUUAAUUUUUAUGGCUACUUCUUGUACCCAAUAAGAAUCUUGCUUGUGAUUGGUGUGAUUUAUGUGUAAUUGCAUAAUGGUAGAUGUUAGACUCCCUCUUAUGGUUACAUUUUAAACUUCCAUGGAGAUGAUUCUUCAGCUUUACAAUACAAAGGUAAAAUGAUUACAGAAGCCUGUUUACAAAAUGCUUGACUACCAUGAAGUAUAUUGAGAUGGAGAGUGCCUCAGCACUCCAAACAGCAGUGAGAAAUUACUGUGGCUAUUGUGCUAAAAGAACACCUGCAGGAAUGUGAUACUACUGCUUAGUAUCUUUCUUCUAUUUUUCUUCCAUAAGUAGACUUGUGUACAAGCCUGGCAGUAAAAACCAGUAGUUAAUAAUCAGUUUUUUAUGAAGCACUUAAAAGGAAGGAUGCUUGUAUGUAUUGUAUGUAAAAACAUUCUGGUUUUGUUGACUGAGGGGCAGGCACUGUGCCUGCCAGACUUGCUUUGAGCAGGGGAACGAAGGUUUUUUGUGUGCUAGCCAACAAAUUAUCUGAGCUUUUGCUUCAGUUUCCAUAUUAAUAACUAAUAAUAGUGACAAGCUCUUCAGUCUUGAUGACUAUUAAGCCAGAAUACGUAUUCAGAAGUUUUACCAAUACAAUUAAUACCUGCAGUACGGUUAAUAGUUACAUGCACAUUAUUGGGGAUCAUCAUUGGCUUUGCUGACUCACACUGCCCCAUACUUUGGAGUUUUAUGUUACAUUAGAGUUUUAAAAUGAGCCGUAGGCUUUUCAUUGAAAAUCUGUGACACUUAAUAGCAGGGCAAUGGUGGUAUGGUUCAAAAUUAUCUUCCAUUUUCUGUCUAAUUGAAGUUCCUUUUAAACUUCACAGGAAUGCCCUGGAGACUGUUUUCUCUGAGUUUAUCUCACUGGGCUAGUGUGAUGGGCCCAGUUGCGUGGGUUCUUUGACCCUAGUGUAACUCAUAAAAACUCAUCUUGGUCACAGAUUGAUACAGACCCCACAAAUCUAAAGUUGAAGCAGAAGUUGGUCAAAAUGGGAAUGUGUGGUAGGAAGUAAACCCCCCCCCCCAAUUUUUUCCAUAAGGUCAUUUAUACAAACAGUUUCUUUGGAAUAAUGAAAAGAAAGUUGGUUAAAAAAAGGAAACUAUUUUUAGUUUUGGAGAAAAAUUAUUUCUCCAAAAUAUAUAAUUUGUAGAACUUUAGCUGGAAAGCCAUUUAUUUGUUCCCUCAAUGCAAUCUUGUUUAGCCAUUGAAAAUGCUUACAGUGAAAUUAUAAUACUUUAGAGGUUCUACAAGAAAAAUCUCUAGUGUGAUGGCUUCUGGCUAACAUACUGCACAAGGGUACGUCAGCCUAGUAGCAUUGUAUUUGCAGUUUGCAUAAGAUGUGCAUGUCUGCAAAUACAUUAGACCAACAUAUUCUUGUGCAGUAUGUCAGCCUCUCAUUAUAUGAGAAUAAUGAACCUUGUAAAUUCUACUUUUAACCCAUUUUGAUCUUGGGUAAUAGGACUGUACAUUGAGAAAAUUAUCCAUAUUGGCUCCAAUCCAAUACCAGUUAAUUUGCAUUGUGUUACUGAAGCACAGGAUUUCAUGCAUCAAAUUGAGCCAAUAUAUUGGAUUGGUUCCAUGCAUCAGUGGGGCGGGGUGGUUGGGGUCGGAGUGGCAUGCCUGAAUUCAAGAAGCAGGCUUCCUUCUGUCUUCUAAUUGGCAAUAAGCUGCCUUCCAGGCAGCCACAGUGGCAGCCUUAAAAAGACCACCACCCCCGGCAGUUGCCCCACAAUUUUCUAUUAUUAUUUUAUUAUUUAUUUAUCAGAUUUGUACACCGCCCCAAACUUUAAUCUCUGGGUGUUUAACAAUAGCAUAUAACAAGUUUAAAAAUACACAAAACCAAUGACCUGGGGUAGGAAGCAAUGACUGUUUUAAUUGCUAGGUAAGCUUUGUUUGCUUGCUGUUAAUUAUAAAUGCAAGCAUUUAUCACAAAACAUAAUUCAAGACCGGAAGAUAAAUCUUAGCCUGUUACUUUUGUAUAGUUGUGUAUCUGGCCUGCAUUCCUUUUCACAGGAGACAUUCCGCCCUGCUUCACUAUUUUCUUAUGAAGUCUGUCUGUCUCUCGCUCUCUCUCAUAUUCAUAUGUGUGUACUCUCUCUCUCCCCCCCCAUAAUGUAUGGAGUGCAGUAGAAGUAACUGCCCAGUUGACAUAUGCAUUGUGCAAAAUACUUCUGUUGUACACCUCGCUCCUACAUGAAGAUGCUAUCCGGUAUGUGAUGUGGCUCUCAGGGGUGUUGAUGGUACUUCAGCAAAAGGGAUUUCACUUUUAAAAUAGUGAAUGAAAAAAAGAAAGCAAGUAAGAAUUGGUUCCUUUCAUGUGAAUUGUCCAGUACAGAACUUUGUUUAUGCUAUGAGAUGAAGAUUUCCAGAGCUUCUGUUAGCACAUGCUAAAUAACUAGGUGUGGCUGAACACAGAGACAUGAAACUGUUUAACCUCCUUUCAGUGGUGUUAAUUUAAGGCUUUUUCUGCAAGGAAGCAGUGUGAGUUCUCCUAGCCAUAUGACAUACUAAACCUUGUUAAAAUCAUACUUUGAAAUUUGCCUUUGUGUGACUUAGCAACAUAGCUUAAUUAAUGCAUUGCUUUUGCACAACCUAAGAUUCAAACACAGCAGGAUAUGUGCUCAAUAAACAAAUGAGCACUUUUGCCUCUGAUCACAAUGCAGGGUCUUCAAUUUAGGGGAAUGAGGUUGAUUACAGUAGACUUUGAAACUUGAAAAGAAAACAAAGUAUCCUGUUUGUCAUCCUGUGAAGUGAGGUUCUUCAUUUUAAAGAAAAUGACUGAAGAUCUUAUUGUCUAAAAAAGGCAGGCUAAAGGAAAACAAAUGAUGGAACCCCAAGAAACCUAUUAUUAGCUGUGGGGCUCUAUAGACCUGCUAAUGAUGGAGCUGAAAUUGCUGGCAUACAGGCAACGAAAUUACCUACCAUGUGAACAUUAAGGCCCAGAUCAUUGCCUUAAUGUAUUUUUGAUGUAUGAGAGGGAACAUAGCUGUGAAUGCUUUUUUGUGUGUGUCCAAAAACCUGAGUAUAUUCUCAACCAGCCUCUAGUGUAUGAUAUGAAGGGAAAAUGCCCUUUAUACUUGAAUUGAUUUAGGCUGGUGUACCAAACUUAGCCAUAGGAUUGGUCUAAUUCUUGAGUAAUGUUGUGCUGCACAAUAUUCCAAUGCAUAUGGUAGAUAUUGUCAACAGAUGGUAGUGACAGAAUAAGGACAUUUCAUAUUAAGAUACUGAGUGUUGAUUACAUGAAACAUUGUGGUGCAAUUGUGUAGUAUAGGUUUUAGCAUCAUUUGAUUAUAAAUGAAGAAUGGAUGCCUACUGCGUACUCUAAGCAAAUGUUGUUGGAAUACAAAACAGAUACGAGAAAAUUGAGAUGCUUAUCCAAGAGCUGAAACGUAUUGCUAAAUGAAUUAAGUUUUUGAGGGGAAAUGGUGGCACUGCUUUGCAUCAAUGUGUAGUGCUACUUGAUUCUUUCAAAUAUGGCUGAUCUGAUUUGUAUGGAACCCAGAGAGUUUGAUAUGCCUGUCCAAUUCAGAUCAGUUAUUUUACUUUGCUCUGCCUUUUCUAAAUAACUCUGCUUUUUGCUGGAGAAAAAGGUCAUUUUUAAUGUACCAUUUUGUUUUAUAUUCCUGCAGUGUUUCUCCCUCCUAGUCACUCUUUCCUGCCCUAAUAACCUGAUCUUCUUUUUUAUCCUCUGAAUUGUGUCCAAUUAACUGUUUGUUUUUCUCUGAUGAGUAAAUAUUGCCAUGGAGUCCUGUGAAAAUGUGUAGAUCACAUGCCAAACUUUUUAAAAGGCUAUUGAAAAUGCCUUUGCAAAUAUGGGAUAUUUAUUUACUUUCAACUAUCAUAAUCUCAAGACUUUAAAAAAAAUUGGCAUCAGUUCUGUGUGUGAAAUGCUUAAUAGAAGCAGUGAUUGCCUAUGUUACAUCCCAGAGACAAAACUUGAGGGCGGGUGGGAUGUGCAUGAUGAUGUGUUUGAGUUUUAAACGAUAGCUGUAAUGUUAAGAGAAUGGAUUGGCUAACCUAUGAAAUCCUGAGUUAGAAAAGUAUUACUGAAACAAUUGUCUAAGCACGUAAGGCAGGACCUUGCCUCCCCAUCAGCCUUUUAUUAUGUAUCUAAAUGCAUGAUGUAUUGGUGCAGUUUCAGGAUUUUGCUGUAUGGUUUAAUUUGAAAAGGACACAACUAAUCAAUGACUGUAUACUACAAUUGGUUUGGGAAUACUAAAGUUCAUAGCCAGCCUGACUUGCCCCAAGUGCAAUACUGGACAUUUUUAUUGCAUCGUUUUCUACUUGAAUAGUCUCCAAAAUAUUUAAACAGCUAAUAUGUUCGAGACAAUAUUUGGGAUCAAUUUUCCUAUCAAUAAACCUUUUCUUCUUAAAAAGCCCAAAA